CUGGUAGUACUGUACGGUAGGCUGCUUUGUCGGAAGUCGUCGGAAUCGAAUCGCUCGGUGCUCGGUGAUCCCACUCUCAAGAGCAUCAAGUCUAUCCCAAGAGAGCACACAAUUUAUUUGGUUUUUCACUCUCUCUGAUCAUCAGAUUCUCAACUACCGGUACCAACUAGUAGCGAGUCUAACAAUCACAAUGGGUUUCUUCAAGCUUUCUGAUCCUGCCACUGCUGGCUUUGACGCUAGCAGUGCCUUUGGCGGCCUUUCCAUGGAUGACAAGGUUCCUCCACCUCCCGCUUUUGAAGAGGAGGAGAGUGGCAAUGGCAACAUGAAGCGCAAGACUAGCAGUGCCAAGAGCAGCCCUGUCAUCACCAGUAGAUCUAGUAGUACCAAGAAGAACGCCUUGCGCAAAUCCAAGUCGAUGGAAGCGGAAUCUCCUUCCACUCCUAAAAGUGGCAGUGGCAAACGAGUGCCUCGCAAGUCUCGCAGCAAGGGAGCAGAUGCGGCCAAGGCUCCUUUGGAUUUGGACGAAGGAAAAGCUUACGGUGGUGGCAGUUGCGAAAUGACGGAGCAUCUGCAAGAUAUUGAAGCCUUUUGCCGUGUGGUCAAGGCAGCCGGAUCCCAACAGAGAGAACGCUUGGUACGACACUCCAUGAUGGUAGCCAGUACCGGUACUACAAGCAACCAAGGCAGCAAGAAAUCAUCCAAGGCUGCGGCAUUCAAGAGGAGCAUGACCACUGCCAACUAACUAACUAACUAACUAGUUCUCUCACUUGCCAAGGAGGGAACCAAGAUUUUGAUACCCACCCACCUCAGCCACCCACCAACAUCACAUUUUAAAAACUACAUGUCUUUUUACAUAAGCACUUCUAAUAAGCACUUA